AUGGAAUUCAUUCAGACCUUUGAACGUGGACAACAACGCCAGGAAACCCCUACCUCAACGCCUCCUCAGGCCACUCUAGACCCCCAGGUAGUUACCCCGUAUACUGGAGAUCCUGAGGCUCUCUACCGCUUCCUCUCGGAACUGACCUCGAAGGUUAACCUGGAACGAUGGAAUACCGAGGCUGAGAAGCUUAUUAUCGCCGAAAGCCUCCUGGCUAAAGGAGAACGAGCCGAUCGACUUAUGGAAUCCUACCGGACCUUAGGACGAAUAACUAUUGGAACCUUUGACCAAUGGAAACAGCACCUCAUAGAACUCUAUGAGGAUACCGGAGCCCAGGACCGGGCGAACCGACAGCUACUGGACUUCCAUUUCGACAAGAUAAAACAUCGAAACUACGCCGAAUACUUCGCCGAGUUCUGCGUUAUCGCAGCCUUUACCUCCGAUAUCGUCCUAGCGCACUAUAACCCCGAGAAAAAGAUCGUCGUCGAGACAGACGCUUCUGAUUAUAUCUCUACCGGUAUACUCUCGCAAUACGAUAAAGUUGGAAUCCUUCGACCCGUAGCUUACUUCUCCCGGAAAUACACUCCGGCCGAAUAUAACUACGAGAUCUUCGAUAAGGAACUAAUGGCUAUUAUUAGAGCCUUCGAAAACUAG